CUAUUACGACGUGAUCCGUGUUUCCACUCGGACAUGUAUCGCCAGAUUCGGUCACAUUGACUCCAAGCAAAUCGCAAAAUGUACUCAAAGAAGUUUGGUCGGAUUUUACUUGGGUUUUAUUCCCAUAACACAAAUGUUUCGAGUGUCAUCAAACGUCGGCUUGCUACUUGUCCUUUUAGUUGGUCAAGUGCAUGUAAACACCGUAAACAGUUGUUGCAGAGGACGACGAUUGUGAGUUCGGAACGGUCUGUCCUUCUCUGUCAGAUGAGUAGUACUCAGUCAGCCUCCAAUACUACCGUGGACCCAGAGGAGGUGAGACGGUUCCAGGCCCUGGCCAGCAAGUGGUGGGAUGAGCAGGGAGAAUUUGCCGCUCUCCAUUCCUUGAAUGACCUUCGCGUACCUUUCAUAAGGGACAAUUUGAUGAGCCUACACAGAGAGUGUCAGCCGGGAAGACCCCUAGGAGGACUCAAGAUACUGGACGUGGGCUGUGGAGGAGGGCUGCUCACUGAGCCCCUGGCCCGUCUGGGAGGUCACGUGCUGGGGGUGGACCCCGUGGAGAACAGCAUCAGCCUGGCCCGGCUUCACUCGUCCAGCGACCCUGAGCUCGGCGGACGGCUCCGCUACCGGGCGUGCACUGUGGAGGAGCUGCUGGGGUCCGAGGAGGAUGUCCGGGGGGAGGAGAAGGAGGCGGGAGAAGGCCCGUUUGAUGCGGUGGUGGCGUCCGAGGUGGUAGAACACCUGGCCGACCUGGAAACGUUUGCUUUCUGCUGCGGUCACUUGAUCAAGCCAGGCGGCUCCCUCUUUAUCACCACCAUCAACAAGACCAACCUGUCGUACGCUCUGGCCAUCGUGGCCGCCGAGCAGAUCCUGCGCAUCGUGCCCCAGGGGACCCACGACUGGGACAAGUUCAUCAGCCCUGCGGACCUGGAGCGUCUGCUAGAGCCCCACGGCUUCUCGGUGCUGACUGUCCGGGGGAUGCUGUACAACCCGGUGACAGGGAGCUGGUGCUGGAGCGACAACACAGAGAUAAACUACGCGCUGCACGCUGUCAAGGCGGCUGAGGAGCCGCCGCACCGCCAGGCGGAGCCAGAGGGACGGGCGUGAACGGCGGCGCGGACGAGGUCACGGACGAGGUCACGGACGAGGUCAUGGACGAGGUUGCGCAGAGGUCAGCCACUGAACGAGGCCGGCGUUCCUGAUCAACAGAAGGCAGACUUUGGUACACGUUAGGUGCCGUGUACAAAUAAAGACGGGAUGAAACGACACUGCAUCACAGGUUACAUCUGUGUUACGUUAGGACGCUAAUGAGGAAACCAGUCGGUGGAUGUCGAGGAAGUAAAAGAAGAAGGUGUGGGGGACUCUAGGAGUCAUUGAAUCCUGUGGUAAACGUGCUAAGGAUUUCCUCGCAGGGUUUGCUUAGCUUGAGGCAGGUGCAUGCAUUGCUAUUUGUCGGGGUAUUUCCUUCUGUUGUCCUGUGCUGCUGAUUAUAUUCUGCAAAUUUUUUUUGGUCCGCUGAUGUUUUCAACAAAACAAGUGCAGCGUAUCUAAGCCAUAACUUCAGGGUGUUGUUUGCUGUUCAGAGAAUGGGAGGAUCACUUCUAUAGAUAUAUAUAAAUGUAUGUAUAUCUUGAUCUAUAUGCAUUUGAUAAAGUCCCUGUUGUGAAUUAUAAAGUCACUCCAUUCAUUUGUUCAAAUCAUUGAAUGACAUUUUGGUACAAAAUAGUUGACUUUCCUGUGUCAAAUCAAAAUUAAAUUAAAAUGGACACGCAUGUAAUAUGUGAGACGGUUUCCUCCACUGCAGUUCAGCAUCAUCUGCAAGAAUUGCAUAAGCCAAAUAAGCCUCUGGCAGAACAUAUGUCACGUUUAAACCAUGUCUGGGUCUUAUUCUUCAAUAGCAAAUUCUUACUUCAGGUUAAUCUGAAUUGAAUGGUCCUCUCUACUCUAACAGUUCCCUCGCUGUCACAGGAGUGACUUUCAAAGGCCUUGGCAAAUGCUGUUCUAUUUUGCACACAAACAAAGGAUAUUUAAGGAUCAAAUCUGAGAAGCUGAUUCAGUGAUGUCUGCAGUUGAUUUUCCGCCAGACUCCAGCACUUGGUAUUUCUAGUUCAACUUCUCUUGUAUAACAUCUUUAUUAAACGUACCUGCUUAUUAGGUAUGUAAUACUCUUAAAUGGAGACAAAUGCAUCAACUAUCUUUUCGGUGAGAUUGUCCUCUGAAAUUAGUAAUUAGUUAAUAAAGAAAUGAAUGGCUAUUA